UCUCUCUUUAAUAUUCUACCUUUCCCCUUAUUUUAUAAUACAAUGAGAAUUGUCACGUGGAUUUUACAUUCUUACAAACAACCAACUAUGUCGUCACCCAUGACCACACACCAACAGCAAUUCCUAAACCACGAGAACUAUCAAGCAAUAACCAACAAUUUAUUUCUUAGCCAUUCCCAUAACCCCUAUGUAUACACCCUUCCCUUCCCAUCAACAUACUAAAAUUCUUACAAAAUUAUCUCUAAAGUAUUUAAUUUCCUUCAAAAAAUGGCAAAUGAAUUGGUGUUAUUGGAUUUUUUGCCAAGCCCAUUUGGGAUGAGAGUAAGGGUAGCAUUAGCUGAAAAAGGAGUGAAAUAUGAAUAUAGAGAUGAAUAUUUAAGAAACAAGAGUGAAUUCCUACUUAAAAUGAACCCGGUUCAUAAGAAAAUCCCGGUUUUAGUCCAUAAUAACAAACCGGUUAGUGAAUCUCUAAUUAUUGUUGAAUACAUUGAUGAGGUUUGGAAUCAGAACAGCCCUUUGUUGCCGUCUGAUCCUUAUCAAAGGGCUGUGUCUCGUUUUUGGGUUGAUUUUGUUGACAAAAAGAUGUACGAGACUGGAAAGAGAGUUUGGACCACAAAGGGUGCGGAUGAAGAGGCAGCCAAGAAAGAGUUCAUUGAGCACAUCAAAUUAUUGGAGCAACAACUUGGUGACAAGCCUUAUUUUGGAGGGGAUACUUUUGGUUACGUUGAUGUUACCCUAAUUCCGUUCUAUAGUUGGUUUUACACGUACGAGACAUUGGGUAACUUCAGCAUCGGAGAGUCGUGCCCAAAGAUCAUCGAAUGGGAUAAGAGGUGCAUGGAAAGGGAGCCUGUUAAGAAAUCACUCCCGGAGGAGAAGGUGUAUGAGUUUGCUUUGAUGAUAAAGGAGGCGUAUGGCAUUGAGUAGAAAAUCAAGUGUGCGUUGCAUGGCUAAUAAUGAACGUGUUGGGUGCUUGGAUCUGAACAUGUUUUUUUUUUUUUUUUUUUUUUUUUUUUUUUUUGGUUUAUGCAACGUAAGGUUUAAUAAAAUCCAAGAUAAUAUCAAUCUUUAUAAGGACUUGUUUCUUUAUUUUUAAAAAGCUUUUGGACUCAUUUAUGAAUAUGAAAAUUUAGAGUAAUAAAAGCACAUGGAGCCAUGCAGGAAUACAUACUUUGCUACCUGCCAACAAUGAACAAGCUAGUAAUUUCUACUUCCUCCACUUCUUUAUAGUUGAAAUAUUUCCCUAAAAUAAAAAUGUCACAAUAGUUGCAACACACUAUAAAAGGUACGGAGUAGGUUUUUAUGGUGAAAAUUGUAAUAUUACCUUUAUAUAAAGCACAUGGCCCACUUGAUUGUACUCUUAACAACCCUUUUAACCUCAUUUUAAGUAUAUUAUAUCACGUGAGGUCCAGUUUUCUUAAAUAUUGUGAUAAAAUACGUGUUGCAACGCUAAAGAAACGAAGGAAGUAAGUUAUACCAACACAUCUAUUUUGUGGUUACAAAAUU